AUGUCUGUUGCUUUUGCCAUAACAACGACCCUCUUCAUACUUGUCUUAGUGGAUAUCGUGGGAAAUUCUCUCGUUUGUGUCAUAAUAUGGAAAAAUAGAAAUCUCAGGACACCCAUAAAUGUCCUGAUUUUCAAUCUUGCUGUGGCAGAUGCCCUCUUCGCGGCGUUUAUUUCACCCAAACUUAUUGUAGGUGCCAAUUUAAGGCACCCAGAGGGUUGGAUUAGUUCGAUUUUGUGCACAUUCAUAACUGGUGGAGGCUUUGGAUGGGUUGCAGCAGCCUGUUCCAUUUAUACUCUGGUUGCAAUCGCUGUGGAAAGAUAUUAUGCAGUAUUUGAUCCGCGUGGAAAAAGAUGGAAACUCACCAAUCGUAAACUGAAGGUUAUAAUAACCAUCGCCUGGCUUAUUGGGGUGACAAGCAACAUUCCAACUUUCAUUCACCUGAAGGUCACCAACGGCUUAUGCUAUGAAACGUGGCCCGACGAUUGGAAGAUCAGGACUUAUAAUAUAUUCCUUACAACACAAGUAUGUGUUGCCUUGUCAGUGAUGGUCACGCUGUACUCGAGGGUCGUUUUUGCCCUGUGGUUUAAACGAAAUGGUACUAAUGCGGUGACACCUCAGCAAAAAGGUAUAAUGGGGGUUCGCAAGCGAGUGACCAUAAUGGCUGUGGUUGUCAGCAUCAUUUUUGGAAUUUGUCAUGGCUCCAUCCAGUUCUUUUACACCUUGCACUUAUUCACUUCUUAUCAGAUGAGUUACGCAGUGUAUGCUUUUUCCAACCUGAUGAUAUUGUUCAAUUCUGCAGUCAACCCUUUCGUAUAUGCCUUACUCAACCACAAUUUCAGAGAGAAAGUGAAAGCAAUUCUCCGCUGCUCCAAGGUUAAGGUGGACGCGACGAGUUAG